GGGUGUGGUGCUGGCAUCUUAUUUCCCGUCACACGUUACGGUGGUCUGGAUCACAUUUAAAACACAUGUCGCUGCUCCUGGAGCGGCUCAGUAAGUCUAGACUUGACAAAUGAUAGAAAUGGAAUUUAUAAGUUAAUAGCUAUAUUAUAUUUGGUGCUGUGAGACCAGCAGCUCUUGAGACUUUGUCAAAACUAAAUUUCGUAGCUACUAUCACGUAGGGCUGUUUUCCCAUAAAAAUUAAGGCCAUCUCAGGUAGCAAAGCUGUAAAGUUGGAAGCCCUAAAAUACACUAGUAGUAAAGAGCUUUUUUACCCAGCAGGUCUAGCAGCCUCAUUAUCUGACUGGAAACCUCAACUUCUCCAUCAAAGCUUUAACAGGAACGUCCUGGUUGAAAGCCCAUCUCUCCUUUUGGCUUAUAGCUGACUAGGUUGCUGCAACAGAUGAGUUGUGAAAAGACAAAGUGUGUGGUCUGAGACUCUCAGCUGAUCCAGCAUUUGGAGAGGCAGCAAACUCUCAGAGCUUUCACAGCCCUGCUCACAGAAAACAAGGAGAGAGUCAACUGUGGAUGAUGAAGAAGAAGAUGACAUGCAGUCUGGGCUGGAUCUUUUUCUUGCUGUUGGAGCUCGGUUGGAUAAACAUGAGCUUCAGCAUGCACAGGGAAGGUGGCAACAGGGGAAGGAGACAGUGGGAGAAGCAGGUCCGCUCGUCCUCCAGUCUGGAAGAGCUGCUGCGACUCACAGACUUCCCGGACUGGAAGUUGUGGAAGUGCCGCUUGAAGCUGCAGCCACUCCAGGUCCAAACAGAGGCUUCCUCUUUUCCACCUUCGGUCGGGUCGCACCGCUCCACACGCUACGCCACGAUACCGUUUAGCCUGGAGAUACUUAAAGCCGUAGAAGAAGAGUGGCAGAGUAUUCAGUGUAUGCCCAGGGAGACAUGCAUCGAUGUGGCCCAGGAGUUGGACUCUCAUACCUCAGUUUUCUUCAAGCCACCCUGCGUAUCUGUUCACAGGUGUGGUGGCUGCUGCAACGACGAGGGCCUAACCUGCAGGAAUACGUCUACUGUGUACGUGAAUAAAACGAUUUUCAGCUUAACGCCUUUUAAUCUUGUACCAGAACCCGUGCUCAUAAAAGUAGCGAACCACACCACAUGCAGUUGCAUGGAGCCGGCAAUAAUUCGACGCAACGCUCAACUACGCAGGCGCAGUGGCUGCCCUCUGAUGAGACAAAUGUUGGAAGCAAAGGACUCUGGGAGACUUUGUGCUAGUGGAUGGAUUUGGGAUUGUUCAAGUGAAAAAUGCAUACCUUACCCCUCUAGUACAUCAGAGCUUCCCCUCAGGUCCUGGUUGUCGGACUGUGAGAUCGACGUGGAGCGCUGCGAAUGUCUGCCCAGACCUCAGCCAAUUGUGUGGGCACCCACAGGAAUUUGAUAAAGACUUAUUCAGGUGCAAACUGCCCAAGUAGAGCUUCACUGGACAUAACAAUUACGACAAGCUGCUCAAUGAGGAGCAAUGACUAACAUAAAAUGUCCUAUAAUUUA